CUGCACUGCGCGUUGUUGGGCUCUAAAUGACAGAGAGGAAGUAGCGCACAUUCGCUUGACUUGAGCGUGUCUGUUUCUGUCCUCUUAUAAUUGAGCUUUAUCAUAUGUUAGAAGAGUUUAUGAACACUUCAACCCUUGCAUGUCUUGCUGUUUACUGACUCGAUCAUCACCGUAGCGUACCCCGUGAGCGUUGGGUUUGCAAGAAUUUCAGGAAGCCAUGAAGGACUGCCUGAAGUUGCUCACCCGUUUCAGUGCUCACCCAGACUCCCGCUGCUGGUUCGUUGCGUGGAACCCCAAAGGGACCCUACUGGCCUCUUGUGGAGGAGAUCGAGCGGUCCGAGUGUGGGGUCGCGAAGGUGACUCUUGGGUCUGCAAAUCAGUUUUGUCAGAGGGUCACCAGAGGACUGUUCGGAAAGUAGCUUGGUCACCCUGUGGAAACUACUUGGCCUCUGCCAGCUUUGACGCCACUACCUGCAUCUGGAAGAAGCAACAAGAUACAUUUGAGUGUGUGACAACACUGGAAGGUCAUGAAAAUGAAGUAAAGUGUGUUGCCUGGGCACCUUCUGGAAAUCUCUUGGCAACAUGCAGCAGGGACAAGAGCGUCUGGGUUUGGGAAGUUGAUGAGGAGGAUGAAUACGAAUGUGUCAGUGUGGUGAACUCGCACACGCAGGAUGUGAAGCAUGUCAUUUGGCAUCCUAAUCAGGAGCUACUGGCCUCUUGCAGCUAUGACAACACUGUCAAGAUCUACAAAGAGGAUGAUGACGAUUGGAUUUGUUUGGACACACUGGAGGGUCAUGAAUCCACAGUGUGGAGUGUGGACUUUGACAAAACUGGCCAGCGGCUUGCAUCCUGCAGUGAUGAUAAGACUGUUAAAAUCUGGAGGGAGUACCUGCCUGGAAAUGAGCAAGGAGUAGUCUGUAAAGGCAGCGACCCAUGCUGGAAAAGUAUUUGUACCUUAUCUGGAUUUCACACACGGACAAUUUACGACAUUUCUUGGUGUCACCUCACAAACGUUCUUGCAACUGCCUGUGGCGAUGACGCCAUUAGAGUGUUUGAAGAGGAUGCAACUUCUGAUCCACACCAGCCCAUAUUCAGAUUGAUGGCUCACGUGCCCAAAGCCCACUCUCAAGAUGUAAAUUGUGUGGCCUGGAACCCAAAGGAAGGUGGUCUUCUCGCAUCAUGCAGUGACGAUGGCGAUAUUGGCCUUUGGCAGUAUGAGCCACAGAACUGAAGAGGAAGGGGUGGGUUAUACGCACCAGCGUGUUUUUGAAGCUUUCAACCCCUUUCUUUUCAACUCUCCCUGCUAAUUUACCAUCCUCAACAGGUCCAGCAGCACCCUGCAGUGUAUGUUGUAUUUUAUGUCCAUUUAACCAAGUUGUAGCUACCAAAAUAAAGUAUGUGGAUGGGACAGUAAAUGACAAAUAAUCUCGCUCUGGGUAAAAACCUGACAAAUGAUCCUCUAAAGAAAUAAUAAAACAAAUCGUGCCAGAUAUAAAUCCUGCAGAGUGACAUCAGGAGCAAGUCACGUAUUUGUCAGACUUUGGAAACUGUAGCCUUAAAAGAACCAUGAGACUUCAGUGGGGUUUGAGCCUUUAUUUAGGCACACAUCACCAAAACACAGCAGAACCAGGAAAUAGUAGCCCUAUUGAUUUUUACACUAUAAAAAAAGAAAAAAAAGAAAAGCUGUACAAAAUUUUUUUUUUUAGAUUUCUAUCCACAAUUUAUGGUGUAUGCAUUACAGAAAUAAUGUGGAUAUAAUUUAAAGCUGCAUGAUAAUAAAACUUAACAAUAAACCUGA